AUGAAACAAUUUCAAAGCAACUUUAUAUUAUUUAUAUUAAUAUACUAUAAUUUUAUGGGUUGUUCAGCUCAAAAAGAAAGCAUUUGUUUAAAAUCAUUAAUUUCUACAAAACCAAUAGAAACCUAUGAAGAAAUACCAAAUCUCAUUAAAUGUUACAUAUGUGAGGAAAAUAUAAAUCAAUAAAUAAUUUAUCUUGAAAAAUGCAAACAUUAUUUUCAUUCUAAAUGCUUUAUUGAGCUUAUUGAGAAACAAGUAGAAAUUAAUAAAUCAAGCAUAAUUAAAUGCAAAUGUGGAACAAAAACUACAACUAAUUAAAUUCGCUAAUCUAGUUGGCCAAAUAAACUCAUUCUAUUGAAUUCAUUAUUUAGAUAAUAACUCAAUAUUUUAUUGAUAUAAUUAAGAAAAAAACCUGAUUAUCAAGAAAUAGAGAAUUAGUUCAAUAAAUCCUAAUAACACGCUGAUUAUUACUUCUUCCAUAAUAUUGAAGAUCUGUAAUAUGAAGAAACUCCCCAAUGAUUAUGAUAAUGAU